AUGUAUAUUUAUUAAAAUAUUCUGAAAUCUUAACUACAAGAAUUGUCAUUUGUUAGAACUGAGUACAAUGGUGAAAACACAGAGCUCAUUGCUUAAACUUUAGCAGAUGCUUACACUGUAAAUUUUAUAAAAUACUUAGAAUAAAAAUGAAUUAUUCAAGGCAUUGAAUAUAGAAUAUGAUUAAAUGUAUCAAGAAUUUAAGUCUUUUUUAAUAAAGCAUGCAUAUAAAUGGAUUUUAGUUUAUUAUGAUAAACAAUCUUAUGAAAAGAAUAUUUACAAUAUAAUAGCAAUAAUUUCUUAUACUGACGUAAACGAUCUCAAACCAACAGAAUCAGAAUAAUAAAUAAAAAAUUAUGAUUCAGUCCCAUAAAUCUGUAAUGUUAGGUAAUAUGUUCGUCUAAAAGCAUUAAAGUACUUUUUUGAUAGAUAUAAUCCAAAGUAUGGAGAAUAUUGUAUUACAGGAGCUUUUGCUUUUUCAAAAAGGUAUAUGGGAGCAAGACAUUCUCUUAAAAUAUAUGCUGAUUCCAUUGAGUUUAUUCAAUCUAAAGGAUAUAAAUAUGGCUUUGGAUGGACAGCAAAUGAUAUUGCUAAAAAUUUAUAUGAUAAACUUCAUCUUGUUUUGAGAGAAGAAUAAUCACUAAAAAAUUUAUAUGUCGAAGAAACUAAAAGCUAUCCAUACGGUUAAGUCAAUAUCAUUCAAGUUCUCUACAUAGGUGAUGUAGAUAAAUCUGUUAUUAAAUUGAGAAAUAUUUUGAACAAUAAAUAGACAUCAUGA